UCCGGGCUUGCAGCUUAACCCCUGGGGCGCCGGGCCGAGGCAGUAGCUGAGGGUGCGGGGGCUCGGCCCGGCGCGGGAACGCGGGGGCGUUUUGCAGAAGAGAAGCGGGGAUGGGCGGGUGCGGAGAGGAGCGGGGAAGGGCGAAGCCCCACUCCCCGGAUUUAGACUCCGACCCUCCCCCCCCUCGCCUCGGUCCCGGAAAGCCAAUCAGGGCUGGUUAGCGCCGGAGAGGUGGCCUUCCCCGGGGUCUCUGCAGCAGUGCUUUUUGGCAGCACGAGGCAGGGUGCUUGCGUGACUGAGCCCUUGGGGACGCCAUCCCCCUCGGCCGCCUGGGGGCGGGGGGUGCACAGCACCUUCCCGGCGUCCCCGGCUGCCGCCUCCGCUGUCAGGCUCUGUGUGUGUGUGUGUGUCUGUGUGUGUGUGUGUGUGUGUGUCUGUGUGUGUUGGGGGGAGUGACAGCGGGGGAGGGGCCGGCUUGAUCGAGGGGCGGGGGAGCAGCUGAGGCACCAAAGGAGGAGCGGCCCCGGGGCGCGCUCCCUCUCCGGCCCCCGCCGCCGCUCGCGGCUCCAAAGAUGGUCAGAGGAGCGGGAGGAGCCGCAGCAUUCGCCUCGGUGUCCUCGUCUCCUUAGAGCUCAGGGUCCCCGGCUCCAGGCGGGACGCUAGCGCAAUGGCACUUAAAGGGCAAGAAGACUAUGUCUAUCUUUUCAAAGAUCCCUCUCAUCCUUUGGAUUUCUUGGAAGCAUUCAGAACAUUUUACCUUGAUGGAUUAUUUACUGAUAUAACACUUCAGUGCCCUUCAGGUGGUAUCUUCCAUUGUCAUAAAGCUGUUUUAGCUGCCUGCAGCAAUUAUUUUAAAGCAAUGUUCACAGCUGACAUGAAAGAAAAAUUUAAAAAUAAAAUAAAACUCCCCGGGAUCCACCAUGAAGUCCUUGAAGGUCUCAUAAAUUAUGCAUACACUUCACAAAUCAGAAUAACCCAAAGAAAUGUUCAAAGCCUCCUGGAAGCAGCAGACUUACUUCAAUUUUUUCCUGUGAAGAAAGCUUGUGAGCAGUUUUUAGUAAGGCACCUUGAUGUUGAUAAUUGCAUAGGAAUGCAUUCCUUUGCAGAAUUUCAUGUAUGUCCUGAAUUAGAAAAGGAAUCUAGAAGGAUGCUUUUAUCAAGGUUCAAGGAAGUGUGGCAACAAGAAGAAUUUCUUGAAAUAAGCAGUGAAAAAUUAUUCUUUAUUUUGUCCAGAAAGAAUCUAAGUGUUUGGAAAGAAGAAACUGUCAUAGAGCCAGUUAUUAAAUGGACAGCGCAUGAUGUGGAAAAGCGAAUUGAAGGCAUUUUUGAUUUACUAAACUAUGUAGAAAUAGAUAUAGAUCAAAUGUACUUGAAGACUGCUUUGAGUCUUCAGAGAAGACACCUACUAACUGAAAACAAGUUACGAGCCUUAGUAUACAAUGCUCUGAGUCCUAUGCAUAAGGAGGUUUCCCAGAGGUCCACAGCUACUAUGUAUGUAAUUGGAGGCUAUUAUUGGCAUCCCUUAUCAGAGGUUCACAUUUGGGAUCCUUUAAUAAAUGUUUGGAUUCAGGGAGCAGAAAUACCGGAUUAUACCAGAGAAAGCUAUGGUGUUACAAGUUUGGGACCCAACAUUUACGUUACAGGUGGUUAUAGGACAGAUAACAUAGAAGCCCUUGACUCUGUCUGGAUCUAUAAUAGCGAGAUGGAUGAAUGGACUGAAGGCUCCCCCAUGCUCAAUGCAAGAUAUUAUCACUGUGCAGUUACCUUAAGUGGUUGUGUCUAUGCUUUGGGGGGUUACAGAAAAGGAGCUCCAGCAGAAGAAGCAGAGUUCUAUGAUCCUUUAAAAAAGAAAUGGAUUCCUAUUGCAAAUAUGAUUAAAGGUGUAGGAAAUGCUACUGCGUGUGUCUUAAGGGAAAUCAUCUAUGUCAUUGGAGGCCACUGUGGUUACAGGGGAAGUUGCACUUAUGAUAAAGUCCAGAGUUACAACUCAGACAUCAAUGAAUGGAGUCUGAUCACCUCUAGUCCACAUCCAGAAUAUGGAUUGUGUUCAAUUCCAUUAGAAAAUAAGCUAUAUCUUGUUGGUGGACAAACCACAAUUGCAGAAUGUUAUGACCCUGAACAAAAUGAAUGGACUGAGAUAGCUCCCAUGAUGGAAAGGAGAAUGGAAUGUGGUGCCGUCAUCAUGAAUGGAUGUAUCUAUGUAACUGGUGGAUAUUCCUACUCAAAAGGAACAUACCUUCAGAGCAUUGAGAAAUAUGAUCCUGAACUUAAUAAAUGGGAAAUAGUGGGUAAUCUUCCUAGUGCCAUGCGUUCACAUGGAUGUGUUUCUGUAUACAAUAUAUAGUGCAAUCUAGAAAACCACUAAGUAGCGAAAAAAACCCAAUCCACACUUAGCAGUGUAUCAAUAGAUGAAGAAUCUUAUUUGAUAUUGAAAUAUUGUUUGGACACUGGAACUGCACACUUUUCAAAAGUAACAUCUUUAUUAUUUACUUGGACACUUGCAUAAUAAGUGGUAAUAGUUUAAAGAUAUUUGUAGUCAUGAGUUGCAUCUCUUUAUCACAGUAUUAACAUUGGUAAGACAUCAGAACCAUACUGUGAAAUUGAUAUUCAGUUUCUGCCCUUAGUGUCAAGGGCAGUGCACAUUAAACUACAAUCUAAUAGAUGAUUGAUGGUAAUAGAGGAAAUCUUUUCUACCUCUAUAUGACUUUUCAAUAUUUUUUGAAACUUUUUUUCAGCUCAAUACUGUGGAAUGUAACAUGAAACUAGAUACAAUCAUCUUGUCUAGUUUUCUUUUUCUCAUGCAGUUUGUAUAAUCUUUUCAAGUGACUUGAUAGUUAUUUUAUAUUUACUGAGUAUAACAAUGUUAUAUGAAACAGUCACUGCCUAAGAGUUUACAACCUAAUUCUGAAAGGAUAGCAAAACUGAAAAAUGAGAGAAUAAAAUUGCUUAGUAGAAUUUGUAUUAAAUAUCAACAGUUUUUUUCUAAAACAAAUGUGAACUUUUUAUGCAAAUAAGGUUAAGGUUUCUGUAGUUUUGCAUGUGAAAAAAAAAAAUACCCAGUAUCAUCCCUGACUAGAAAUAUAUUUAUCAUUAUAUAGAAUAUAUUUUAGAGCUGGUCAGAACCUUGGUGUUCUUAAACCAACCAACUAAUUUUUUUUCUUUGAAAUGGAUAAUGAGGAAGGCUAUAUUAGGCUAUUUGUUUAAAAUUUAAAUACUGAAGUAAAAAAGGCUUAAAAUGUUUGAAUUCUUUUCUGUUUUAAAAAUAAAUGACCAUACAAAGAGCAAAAAAAAAAAAAAAAAAAAAAAAAAACACUCCUAAAAUAAGAGGAAUUGUGUUGAAGCCCAGUUUGAAUUAGUAAAAAGUAUUUAUAGAAUAGAAUAGAUACAGGGGUCCUCAAACUUCGGCCCACGAGCCAGAUGUGGCAGCUGAGGAUGAUUAUCCCCCUCACCCAGGACUAUCAAAUUUGUUUAUUUAAAGGCCCACAAAACAAACUUUUUGUUUUUUUUACUAUAGUCUGGCCCUCCAACAAUCUGAGGGACAGUGAACUGGCCCCCUAUUUAAAAACUUUGAGGACCCCUGGAAUAGAAUGUUAGAACUGGAAAGGAUCAUCUAGUCCAAUAAAGCAGAAAAUGGAAAAGAUACAGAAACAAUGAAAAACUAGAUUUACCAAGCUGACCUUGUCUAUGAAUAUAUUUUUAAAAAUAGAUGUGAAUUUUUAAUUGUCUUCUGCAUGCUAUCAUUAUUUAAAUUUUAUCUAGAGUUCUUCAAGAUACUGUUUAAGUCAUCCUGCCUUCUCUGUAUAUCCUUUCUUGAUUAUACUAACUUUCAGUGAUCACUUCUUUAAACUCCUGUAAUUCUUAUUGUUGGUACUUAAGGUUCACAAUCCUUCUAGAGUAUUAAGAUUCCUUUUUUUUUAAAAUGUUAAAAUAUUUCAGACUCCCACAUUAUAGUAGUUUGAUUAGUAUACACUGAUUGAGAAAGAAUAAUUACAAAAGCCUUCUGUGAAUUCAUCAAUAUUUGAAAAUUUAUUUCUGUUUUAUUAAUCAUAACAGCAUCUACAUACAUUUAAAAAUAGUAUUUUGUAUAUAUGUGAGACAUUUAUUUAUUCAGGCAUAAUUUUUUUUUAAUGGAUUAAACAGAGCUCUUGCAAUAAUUCCCCUACAGCCCACAGGUUUGGAUCCACUGUUCUAAAACAUUCAUCUAGCACUAAUCUGUAGUAACAAAUCCAAUACUAGUUUGCAUAGUUAAAGAACUAGACUAGAUGAUCUUCUGAGGGUCCCUUUCAGAUCUAAAUCUAUGAUCCUAUAGUCUUUUAAUGUAUUUAUCCUGUCUACCUGACAGAUUAUAAGCAUGUUCAUGGCAGUGACAUUGUCUUUUACCUCUGUUUCCCCAGUGCCUAUCAACUGUUCCCUGUAAUAGUAGGUAUUAAAUAAAUUAAUGUUUGUCAACAAUAUCAAUUAUUUGUACAUUAAAAAAACUAGUUGAAAUGUUUGAAGUUUGUGCUACUAAGUACUUUUUAACAGUUUUUUAAAAAUCUUAUUUAUGUUUCUAAUUUGCACUCUGAAAAAAGGAUUGAAUAAAGGUGAAUUUCAGCUGUG